AUGGAGGCAGCAGCGCCCCGCUCGUUGCUGGGAGCAAUUGGAUCCUUCCUCACAAUUGCGAUUGUUCUAGGAGCAACAUAUACGAUUGGACUUGCGAUAUACCGACUCACACUUGAUCCGCUUGCCAAAUUUCCAGGUCCUAAGUUGAAUGCAAUAAGUCCAGUGCCUGGCAUCCGGGCUCUACUACGUGGUCGUAUUGCUUUUGAAAACAAACUUCUUCAUGACAAAUAUGGCCCCGUGGUCCGAGUAUCACCUACAGAACUUCACUUCAACUCCGUUCAAGCAUGGGAAGAUAUCUACGGUCACCGCCCAGGGCAUCCAAAUUUUCAUAAGGAUCCCGUUCAUGUUGGAUCAGUUGAGCCUCUUCAGGGUGUCACAACACUUACUAUGGCCGAUGAUUCCAAUCACGCCCGUCAACGCAGAGCAUUAGCUCAUUCGUUCUCACAGAAAGCACUUGUGGACCAAGAAGACAUCAUUCAAGACUACGUCAAACAAUUAAUUAGGCACCUCGAUCGUCUGUGUGAUAACAACGAAUCUUUCAACAUGGUCAAUUGGCUCAAUUUCACAACAUUCGACAUCAUUGGAGAUCUUGCAUUUGGGGAACCCUUUGGGUGUCUCGAAUCCGGUCAAUUCCACUCCUGGGUAUCUCUGAUUUUCGAAACAGUCAAAGCUGGAGCAAUGGAACAAGCAACCCGUCGAUUCGCAAGUGCCGGCUCAGUAUUUCAGAAUUUCUUACUCUGGUGUCUACCAGAAAAGGGGCGUCAAGAUCGAAGAGAUCACCUCAAAUUUAGUACCGAGAAGGUUAUGAGGCGGCUAGAGAACGAGAAGACAGAUCAUAGAGAUUUCAUCUGGUAUAUUCUAAAACAAAAGCAGAAGUUCGAUUUGCACCAGGAUGAGAUCAUCGUCAAUGCAGCACUCUUCAUCGUUGCUGGUUCUGAAACCACCGCGAAUGCGUUGAGUGGCAUGUUGGCUCGCUUAAUUUACAACCCAGAUAAAUACGAGAAGCUGGUCAAGGAAAUCAGAGAUGCAUUCAAGGAUGAGAAGGACAUCCGAUGGGAGCCAUUGAGCGAGUUGAAGUAUCUGAAUGCUGUUAUUGAGGAGGGAUUGCGGAUACACCCACCUGUCCCAACUGGACUCCUGCGAACCGUUCCUAAGAAUGGUGAUACGGUUGAUGGAUUCUGGGUUCCUGGAGGAACUGCUGUUUCAGUCGGUUCAUGGGCCGCUUCGCAUAACGAGAAGAAUUUCCGUGAUGCAGAUAAAUUCAUUCCAGAGCGCUGGCUCGACAAGUCUUACGAUACGGACUACAAGAAAGCGGCGCAACCAUUCUCCUUGGGACCAAGAGGAUGCAUUGGAAAGCAUCUUUCAUACUUGGAGAUGCGUAUCAUUCUAGGCCGUCUGUUAUGGAAUUUCGAUAUCAUAUCCGUGGAUGGUGCUCCCAACUGGAAUCCUGAAAAUGAGAUGGGUCGUGCGAGAGCGUUUAUGACAUGGGAAAAGCCAGACUUGAACUUGAAAUUAAAGCGUGUUCAGCGGUAA